ACGGUUGGCCUGAUCGAACAAGGAACAUCCGCAGCCCUUGGGGACCCCACUAAUAAUCCUAGAAGUAGGUCGUGGGCUAAAGGACACAUUUGACUUUAGGAUAAAUUUCCCCACGAUAUUUAGUGCGUGUGGGUCACAGGUCAUAGCAAAAGAUUUCAUCCGUGCCAUUAAAGUUAGGUUUUCGAUGAAGAUAGAAACUGGUUUGCAAAUUCUUCUUAGUAACAUUUCCGGCGGCCAUUUUGAUAUCGGGUCAAGAAUGUGCAAAAUUUCUUAUCGCGAACGGUGAAGGAAAAGUGCAUCAUAGUAGCUGAGGUUUAAUGUGAAGUUUGAUUUCGAAAAUAUUGUUCAGUCCUUCAUUCGUCCUAGUGUGCCUUGUGUUUUUCCUUUAAACUCGUGGUGCGGUACUGUCAAACUUUUAGAACCAUUCAAAAUUCGCGUGGUGUCAAGUAAUCGCACUGAAAUGAGAAGAUCUUCGCCUUCGUAUCCGGGCGUUGUGACCAGUUGUGGCAGUGCAGUGAGUGACCAAUAUGAUCCGGAUCAGGUGGAUUCGAGUUUGGAAAUCCGACAGCUAAAGCGAAAGCACAGUGAGGAAAGGUUUCUGCCCUACCAUUAUCAGGGAACUGGCCAAUCUAUUCACAAAGUUCGAAAGGAAAACAGUUUUCCGCUGCAUGAUGAGGAUCAUUUUCACGGAUUCGGACAGGCAUUUCACGGUCCUUCGUCCGAAUAUCCGAAUGUCCUUGCGGCAAGUGAUGGAAACAAUAAUCAAGACCACCUGCCGCAGGAACAACAUCCAAUGGGCUAUAUUUAUGAAGUUUCCAGCGGACAGAGUGUGCCAGUCAUUCCCGUUCCGCACGGACAGCUCGGCAUCCAGGAGCUUCCAAACUCGAGCAACGGCAUUGUCCUGACUGACAUCAGCUCGUCAACUUGGACCAGCACUCAGGAGCUGUUAGAUUUGGACCGGAAACCAGCCGUGACGAUGCAAACCGAUAGUCACAGUCAUUUUCCCAUCACCAGUGCCGAUCAUCAUCAUCCGGGGCAGCAACGUCCACCGACGGUUCAUCAUCAUCCGAACCAUCGGCAGCAGCACCACCAAAACCAUUCGCAUACGCAAUUGUACGAUCCACAUCCUGUCCACUCGCAUCCGUAUGAAAACAAUGGCCAUACGAAGACUCAGGAGUUGACAAUCGUGACGUCCAACUGUGACAGCAGGACCCCUACCAUCGGGGCUGGUACUGCUUCUGGUGCUGCUGGUGGUGGUGGUGCAGGUGGAAAUGGUGCGGUCAAUAGUGGCACGCGAAGGGUGCUGCCGGCAGCGACACCCGAAACUCCGGAAGACAUUGAGGAUAAAAAUCUGUCUUGGCUGUUCAAUUUCAAACUGGAAGAUUUACCACAUUUAUCACCGGAAGCCAAGCGUAAACAAGGUCCGCGAAACGUCGGUUCCGGUCACAGCGGUAACGCGGCCGCCAGUUCUUCUGCUGCACAGGUUGGAAUAACCGAUUUAGAGCAUCGUCCGGAUUCGGUGACUGUCGGCGGUGGUGGUGCCAUCGAAGAAGAUGAUAUAAAUGUGGCUGAAAACGUGACCAUCGAAAACACUGCUACAAAGAUAACCAAGAAGCCACCUUUCACCUACACGGAACUCAUCGAGUACGCCUUGGAGGAUAAGGGGGAACUCACGGUAUCCGGAAUCUACCAAUGGAUCUCGGAUCACUUUCCGUUCUACAAAUCCAACGAUGAUCGGUGGAAGAACUCCGUCCGGCACAACCUAUCAAUCAAUCCGCACUUCCGUAAGGGCAACAAGGCUCCGCAAGGUGCUGGUCACCUGUGGACAAUUUCGAGCCGUGAUUCAGAAGCCAACUUCCUUGCGUGGGAACAUAAACGUCAACGGUUGGAGCUGUUCUUCAAAAUGGAAGCCGCCAAUAACAAAAGCUCUCGGGAACCACCUCCCGGUUCACCGAGUCAGGAAGAAAUUGCGGCUGCCACCGCCAGUUUAGCACAGUACGAACCCCAUUCACCUGGGCAUGGAUCAAUUUCUGAGUCGAUUGAUUUCCGCAAUCCUCAGCCUGGACCGUCCAGUCUACAUCACCCGCUGGGACAGCAAUCAAUGUAUGCCAACAAUCAAUUUGAGGUAGUUCAAAGUGAGGAGCUGAAGCGGUCCGCCGGUGAGAUUCUGAAUGGAAUCCGUCGUAACGUGGAGGUGCAAAUUGUUCAUCCAAUCAGUUCGAAUAAUUUUCAGGCCUAUGCUCUGUUAGAUUCAGAUUACUAUUUAGCCGAUUACCUGAACCCGGUAUCCAAGGAGGAAAUAGUUCAAGAGUGCGGACUACGAUCGGUUGCCGGGCACCGGCCAGAUGCCGCUCCCGGAGCCGAUUACUACAUCACAACGAUCGAUCCGAUCGAGCUCGGGAUCAACAUGAGCUCCGGACAGGACGAAGAUCAGAUUCUGUUCGAGGAUGAUUUCAAUCUCAACUACUUCGGUAACAAUAUCAUGACUUGACGGCGAAUUCAAGCCAACAACAGUGGUCUGCAGCAGCCGGUGCAGACGUGUGAAGUACUGCCGCCGGAAGUACCGGCGGUUCCACUAGGUGAAGGUUUCUCAGUUUCCGCUGAGGAAAAUGCAGGGUGUCUGGGAAGGGGUCCCGAUUGAGACAGGGACAGAGACAGUUUGCAAAAGAAGUUUACUACAAAAGAAACUCUAGUCGUUUGAAGUGAGGCAAUAUUAUUACGAUCUUGUUCGAGUGAUUGUUUGUUUGUUUGUUUGUUUUUUGUCAUACAUUUGAAUAUUGAACUAAUCAUGAUUGAAAUCGUGGUACUAAUCAUGUAAAUAACGUUUAGAUUGAAAUGGGAGU